CGCCAUUCUCCUCUCACUCGGAACUCGGAAAUAGUUCUCCAUCCCAACCUUCUCUUCUCCCCUCUCUUCUCUCCCGCGCGUUGCCUCGAACCGGAAGCGAGCUCUACAUCCGUUACAGCGCUUGGUGUUUGAGAGACGAUCAGUCCAUCGUCGACCAAUGGAUCCAUGGGUCAGCAGCCAGCCUUCGCUGAGCCUCGAUCUGCACGUCGGCCUCCCGCCGAUGGGGCACCACCAGGCGGCGCCGAUGGUGGCGCUGGCCAAGCCCAAGGUCCUCGUCGAGGAGAACUUCAUGCAGCUCAAGAAGGACCCUGAGGUUGCGGUUCUUGAGUCGGAGCUACAGCGUGUGAGCGAGGAGAACCGCCGCCUGGGCGAGAUGCUCAGGGAGGUGGCCUCCAAGUACGAGGCCCUGCAGGGCCAGUUCACCGACAUGGUCACGGCCGGCGCCCACGCCGGCGGCAACAACAGCCACUACAACAACCAGCCGUCCUCCGCGUCGGAGGGCGGGUCGGUGUCGCCGUCGAGGAAGCGCAAGAGCGAGGAGAGCCUCGGCACGCCGCCGCGGCCGUCGCAGCACCAGCAGCAGCACUACGCCGGCGGCCUCGCGUACGCGGCGGCGCCGGACCAGGCGGAGUGCACGUCGGGCGAGCCGUGCAAGCGCAUCCGGGAGGAGUGCAAGCCCGUCGUCUCCAAGCGCUACGUCCACGCCGACCCCUCCGACCUCAGCCUGGUGGUGAAGGACGGGUACCAAUGGCGCAAGUACGGGCAGAAGGUGACCAAGGACAACCCCUGCCCCCGAGCCUACUUCCGCUGCUCCUUCGCCCCCGGCUGCCCCGUCAAGAAGAAGGUGCAGAGGAGCGCCGAGGACAAGACCAUACUGGUGGCGACGUACGAGGGCGAGCACAACCACACCCAGCCCCCGCCGUCGCAGCCGCAGCAGCAGAACGACGGCUCCGGCGCGGGCAAGAACGCCGGGAAGCCGCCCCAGGCGCCGACUGCCACGCCUCACCACCCGCAGCAGCAGCACAAGCAGGAAGCGGCAGCGGCCGCCGUCAGCGGCGAGUCGGCCGUGGCGGCGUCCGAGCUGAUCCGGCGCAACCUGGCGGAGCAGAUGGCCAUGACGCUGACGAGGGACCCCAGCUUCAAGGCGGCGCUCGUCUCCGCGCUCUCCGGCCGGAUCCUCGAGCUAUCGCCGACCAGGGACAUCAAUUAAUCCCCACAUCGGAAGACACCGCGCGGCUCAAAUUUUCUUGCGGUGGUCGACCACUUUCCUCCGGCAUUGCUGCCUUCCUGCCUCUGCCGCCUCCGUCAAAACCUCACAGAAAAACCAGCGGGAACCGGACCGCCUGACCAACGACGA